GGGAAUCCCGCCGCGGCGCUCCCCGCCCCCGGGGGUCUCCCGCCGGGGGCAGGUGGCUCCCGGCCCUCGCCGAGCUGGCAAAGGUCUCGCUUUGGGGGAAUGAAAGGGCUUGUAUUUCAGUCCCGGCUUGUUCAAGAGUCUCUCAAUCUGCUCAUGUUUGAAGUUGGGAGAUUCCAAUGGCUUUGACCAGACCAGCAUCCACCAGCUCUUCCAUGGCCUAACAGAAAGGGCAGCAAAGUCAUCAUCAGCAAUAAAAACAAACUCCACCAACUACACUUUUCCUGGGACACGUACUGUGCAGAUUACUUUAUCCCAGGAUGCCCAGAGCCUAGUCUUCCUCACAGAGCAGAGGGAUACCCCUUUGGCAGGACCAUGAGCCUGGCUGCUGGAACAAGCACUCAGUGCCACCACAGACACCAUAGGACUUUCCUCCUCAACUGCAUGUUAGCAGUCGAGACUGUCCCCCUGCGGGACAUGAUGCAGCAGUGCUGGUGGUGCUGCCACAGCAGGAAAGAUGAAAUCCCACAGCAGCUGCGUCAUGGCCUUGGCUCGAGCACGCUGGCAUUUAGGAGGAAGAACCACAGACAACAAGAAAGAACAAGAAAAAUAACUAGCCAAGAGUGUGCGGUGACCUCUGUGUAGACCAGCUCUUGAGUCUAUGCUGGGAUUUGUGGAUGUUGCUCAGUUGCCUUAGGAAAGAUGCAUUGUUACUAGAUGCCAGACCAAUCUUCAUCUAUGCCAAGCUGCAACUAAAAUGGCAAAGUACAAGCUUAUUCUCUUAAGACAUGGAGAAGGAGCCUGGAACAAGGAGAAUCGCUUCUGCAGCUGGGUGGACCAGAAGUUGAGUAGUAAUGGGAUAAAAGAAGCUCAGAACUGUGGCAAACACCUUAAAGCACUAGGCUUUGAGUUUGAUCUUGUUUUUACCUCUAUAUUGAGCCGUUCCAUCCAGACUGCAUGGCUGGUACUAGAAGAGAUGGGUCAAGAGUGGGUCCCCAUUCAGAGUUCCUGGCGGCUGAAUGAACGUCACUACGGUGCGUUGAUUGGUCUCAACAGAGCAGAAAUGGCUCUGAAUCAUGGAGAAGAGCAAGUGAAGAUAUGGAGGAGAAGCUAUGAUGUUACCCCACCUCCCAUAACGGAAUCUCAUCCAUACUAUGAAGAGAUAUACAAUGAUCGUAGGUAUAAAUGCUGUGAUGUCUCUCAGGAUAAUCUCCCAAAAGCUGAAAGCUUAAAAGAUGUGCUUGAUAGACUUCUUCCUUAUUGGAAUGAAAAGAUAGUGCCGGAACUGAAAAGUGGCAAAAUGAUCCUCAUAUCUGCCCAUGGCAAUAGCAGCAGGGCACUACUCAAACAUCUGGAAGGCAUCUCCGAUGAGGACAUCAUCAAUGUUACUCUCCCCACUGGUGUGCCCAUACUUCUUGAACUCGAUGAGAAUCUGCACCCUUUGGGCCCUCACCGCUUUCUGGGUGAUCAAGAAGCUAUCCAAGCUGCUAUCAAAAAAGUGGAAGAUCAAGGGAAAGUUAAAUCUGCUGAGAAGUAAAAUCCCACUGACCAACAUAAUGCUCCUUUCUGAAGUGUGUGGUAAUAAGUAAUGCUUUAUGUGUGAGUGGUAGGUUGCGCUGUGCAAAAGUCUCAAUUUCAAGCACUAAAUAAGUGGAACAGUUGCUGAGUCUUGGUUGAUAGAUUAACCCUCUGCCUUUCAGAAACUGGAAUUCAAAUCUCAGUGUGAGAUUAUGGAUAUUGAAAAAAGAUUCCAGUUCAGGCAAUGGAAGCUUGCAGGGCAGUCUGUCCCAGAUCUUGGCUUGAGGGAGGCCUGAAAGGAAUAAUGGAAUAUGUUAAAGCCCUCUACAAAUAAGCAGUCCUGAUCUGUUGAGGGGAAAAGCUUGUACUGCACAACACCAGCUCCCUGGACUAAUUAAGUCCUAAUGUUACAGGCACUAAAUUUUCUCACUGACAACAUGGCAUCAGAUAGGAGUUACUCCAGUGAUUCUUGUAUGUCAUUGACCGUGACUGUUGUGUUCUUGAUAGUGUCUUCUGCCUUUCAGAAUACCUUCAGCUAUACAACUCUUUCCCUCUUCUCUUUGUUAUUUUAAGUCUUUAAAGCCUGCUUGUGGUUCACCAGAGAAUUUUGCAGAAAUGUUCAGACUGUUGUAGUUACCCUAGUUGUCUUUUGUUAUAUGGUGCUCCUGUUCUAGGUAUCUAGGAGGUACCCUUCUUUCUCCACCAUCUUUGCAAACCCUAGCAUGGCUGCAUUUUCUGGCUUGCGGUAAUGGGAUUUCACUCAGACUUUAGUCUACAAACUAAGAACAAAAGUUUCCUGCUCAACAUGUAAAUUAUCACUUAGCCUGAGUGACCUGAAGAGCUACCAAACAUUUAAAUAACAUGUGCUGUAGGCCUGAUCAUCUCUUAAAGUUGUUGGAAGCGUUCCUGAUGACCUCAGUAAAACUGGACGUAUUAAAACUCCCCUCUGAUCAUUCCUCAGUGGCAGUGAACUCUUUAUAAAUCUGUGCCGCAGUAAUACUACUGUGGCACUUUCUAUAGCAGUUUCUUUGGAGGGCAGUAAUAGAGAUACGUAAUGCCUGUAAGGUGUUACUGUGUGCAGUUCAUAUCGCCAUCAUGCUAGCAGGAGAGAGUAUUGUCUGAAAGUGUCCUAUAAAGCUCUAAUCACAAUCAUAGCUAUAUUCCUGCCAAGGGCAGUCUUGCUGCUUUUGCAUUAAACUUGAAUAGUAUGCACUGUGGUUGGAUAUAGUGUGUGUGGUGGUUUGAUUUCCUCUUUGUUUAUGUGCACAAACAUAAGGAAAUUCCCACUUUUGAAGACCUGCUCUAAUUUUACUUGCAAAUGUAAAGCCAUUGUAACUUAAACUUGGAAUGUGACCAAGUAUCCAAAUGUGAGCAUCCGAAUUUUGACCUCAGUUAAAAAUAUGGCUGGCACUUGCUUAUACAGUAUUCAAGAGCUGAAUGUGUUCUCAAUGUGGCCCAGCUACAGAUCCCAUGAGAAGUUUAUGAGAAUUCCUGUGGUAUAAUAGUGGUUUUUUUUCCUUUUUUUUCCUUUUUUUUUCCUUAAAUCCCAGGGUGGCUGCAUCUUUGCAGUGAGCAGCUCUGUAGCUCUCCAAGUGCAACAGGAUGGCUUUUGUUUUGAUAAUGCAUUAUGCUUCUAACAGUGUCCCUGCUAUAUGGAGGGAUCCUUUCUAGGCCUGAUGCCAGCUCACAUUAGGGUAACACAUAUUCCAUAAAAGACCUCUUGCUGGUUGGUAGUUUCUCUUGCACGAGCAAUGCCUGGCCUUUUCUUGGGUUUUGUUUUUGUAGUCUCUACAGUAGGAACAAAGAUACAUUUUUCUUUAAAAACAUAAUGCUGAUAGAUUUCCCCUUUCCUUGUACAAGCAAGGAUAAAUCAGGUUUUUAUUUCUAAAGAAAUACAGUCAGCAUCCCCUUCCCAACUAUCUCUAACACUGAUUAGCUUAUUGCUUUCAGUUCCCUUUCCACCCCCACUAUUUUCUGUGAUAGAGUAACUUUUAAUCUUAGUUGAUAUUCUACACUUCAGAGUUAUUCUGAUUAGAAAAUGUUCAUCUGCCCAUGCCAUAAGGAGGACCGUCAUCACUCAGUUGAUUUAUUUUUUAUUUUUUUUCCCACCCAGUCAUUGAAUAAUGUGUGAAAUUUAGUACUAAGUAAAAAUUACUUUAGAUCCGUCAACAAGGCAAAGCCACCAGCCAUCAUUGGGAAUGGCAUGUAUCAGGAUGUGUUGGCUUAUAAGCCCUUAAAGGUAUUAGCUGUCAAUGUUUGUAUUUCUUUGGCAUUGUGGUAUUAUAAUGUAAGGCAGCCUCGUUACAGGGGACUUUUGAUGCAGCUGGAAAAUAUUUGGAAACAAACAUAGCUGAACUGGGAGAUCCUCUUUAACAGAAAGAGAGGAGAGGGCCUUGAAUGCCUGAUCUCUUCAGGCAAAAAUGGAAAGGUGGGUGAGCGGAGUGUUAAGAACUGUUAAUAUAUCUUCCUACAACUGAAUAGAUGGAAUUGAUUAAAAAGAGCCUUUCAAUAGGAGUGGAAAAGUAAAGAGAACAGCAGUGUGAAUUUCAGGUGGCACAGUUUCUGCUGUUUUUCUUGAGGUAGGAGUGGUGAUAGUGUCCUAGGAAGCUGGACUUCGAUAGCUUUGUGACUCCAAAGUGAUGACAAAAUGGUUUGUACAGGAUUUUGUAUCUGCAUCUGGUAGCAAUAUCAUGUCACAAGUAUAAAUUGAAACCAGCUAGGGAUUUCGUUGUGCCCUUUAAUAGGGUUACUUUAACACCUUGCAGUGCUGGCUGCUGAACAGCCUUAUAAUUAAAUUUUUCAUUCAUAAAAGGGACAUCUAUAUUGGAGAACAGAAGCCAGCUUUCAUCAGCAGUGGCAUAAGGACCAGAUCUUCAGGCUUGGUUGCAUUAUAGUAGGGAAACAAAUGAGAAGCUUGCAGGGUUGCUUUGUAAAUCAGCAGCUGGAAAACAUUUUUCUCCAUGGUUGCGAGUAUGCCUCAAGUCCUAUAAGCUAACCAGUGUCUUUACAGUCGAUGUCACAGAUGUGUUUGAUUUGGUUUGUUUAUGUAUUUGUAACUUGUAUUAGCAAUAAUAGUUCUGCAAUCCUUUUGAAAACACUGUAAAUAUGGUGGAGCUGGCAGGUUCUUUACAAUUCAAUAAAUUCACCUGAAAUAGAA